AGCAAUGCUAUGUAUGCUAUGAGUCUCAAUUAUAAAACUCUGCAUCACUCUUAGAACACAGAGGAAUUUUUUCUUGGCCCAUCUGAUUCUAUUCAUGAGCUCAAUCGAUCCGUACUACUAUAGGAAUGCUGACAGGCAGAUGGUUUUGGGAUAUAUAUUCACAUUUAUGUCAGUUGGUGUUCUUAUGUUGCAGAUGUUCAUCUAUCAUACUAGCUUCAAUAGUGAUUCCAAAUGGCUCAAAUCCUUCGCAUACGAGUUCUGGCUUGGGGCUUCGAUACAAUGUCUCUCUUGCUCGGUCAUUGGAUUCAAUGUGAAUAAUCUCGCUGAACCUUCGCCGCCUAUGUGGCCAUUCACAACCCUCUUCGCAUUAGCUGGCUUAAUACCUAUGAUGGUCCAUGCUUUCUAUUGCUGGAGAAUAUGGGUAAUAGGUCGUUCUCUCACGCUCCCGAUUGUGAUCAUGCUGGUAUCAUCCGGACAAUUUGGGCUUGCUAUUACAGAGGGCCAAUCAUUUAUCGGAAAUUCGCUCGCAGAUAUUAUGAACGUGAGCGUUGGAGGUGACAAACGCUCAUAUUUUACAUGGGUGAUAGGAAGCUGUCUGUGUGAUAUCAUGAUUGCUAUUCAAACCACACGACUCCUUUUUCGCAACAAAUCGGGUACAAAUUUCAAGAAGACUAGAUCCCUUGUUGUAAAAUUGGUAAAGCUGACAAUAGACAGGAACAAUUACGGUCAUCGCAACUGCAUUGGAAACAGUGUUCUUAUCGGUUUCUUCUGGAUCUUUCCUGUACAUUUCAAUGCUCUUCCGUUUGUCCACGCUCUAUGCUAAUUGUCUCCUUGUCAACCUAAAUGCUCGUAUCCUCAUACGAGAUUCACAUCAAGAAUAUCAUUGUUCAACGGCACUAUUCGAAGGCAAUGAAGGCAGUGCCUCGCUUCGGAGAGACACAGAGGAGCAACUUCCACGAAGACGGACUAUAAUAGAGAUGAGGAGGACUCAUUCAUCGCAGAGCAUCUCUUCUGCGGAGUCAUUGACUGGCGAAGCUAACCCUUCAGGCGAUGUGGUAGUUGGGCUAAAGCCCAUUUUUCCAACUCAUCGAGCUGCGCGUCAGUGGGAUUUGCCGGUUAUCGAGUCCUAGUAAAGGAAGAUCGCUUCGACUCGCUAUUUUACUAGUAUUUUCUUCGGUUGACUUCAGGCGCAAUCCAGCUAAAUCGUGUCAU